AUGGCUUCAGUCCCCACCGCCGAGAGCUGGACCGACGGGGCGGCAGGCGUGGGAACGCAGGCAGAGAACCUGAGCGCUGGGUUGGGGGUCACUGAGUGGCUUGCGCUCCAGGCUGGCAACUUCUCCUCGGCUCUAGGGCUGCCGAUGACAUCCCAGGCACCUUCCCAGGCCCGGGCCAACCUCACGAACCAGUUUGUGCAGCCGUCCUGGCGGAUCGCACUCUGGUCGCUGGCCUAUGGCUUGGUGGUGGCUGUGGCAGUCUUUGGAAACCUCAUCGUUAUCUGGAUCAUCCUGGCCCACAAGCGCAUGAGGACCGUCACCAACUAUUUCCUGGUAAACCUAGCUUUCUCCGACGCCUCCAUGGCCGCCUUCAACACCUUGGUCAAUUUCAUCUAUGCUCUUAACAGCGAAUGGUACUUUGGCGCCAACUACUGCCGCUUCCAGAACUUCUUUCCCAUCACAGCGGUGUUUGCCAGCAUCUACUCUAUGACAGCCAUUGCAGUGGACAGGUAUAUGGCCAUUAUCAACCCUUUGAAACCAAGACUGUCUGCCACGGCCACUAAGAUUGUCAUUGGGAGUAUUUGGAUUUUGGCAUUUCUACUUGCCUUCCCUCAAUGUCUUUACUCCAAAAUAAAAGUCAUGCCAGGACGUACUCUUUGCUAUGUGCAGUGGCCAGAGGGUCCCAAGCAACAUUUCACGUACCACAUCAUUGUCAUCAUCCUGGUGUACUGUUUCCCAUUGCUCAUUAUGGGCGUCACCUACACCAUAGUUGGAAUUACUCUCUGGGGAGGAGAGAUCCCAGGAGACACCUGUGACAAGUACCAUGAGCAGCUGAAGGCUAAACGAAAGGUUGUAAAGAUGAUGAUCGUUGUUGUGGUGACAUUUGCCUUCUGCUGGCUGCCCUACCACAUUUAUUUCAUCCUCACCGCCAUCUACCAACAGCUGAACCGGUGGAAAUACAUCCAGCAGAUCUACCUGGCUAGUUUCUGGCUAGCAAUGAGCUCAACCAUGUACAACCCCAUCAUCUACUGCUGUCUGAACAAAAGAUUCCGCGCAGGCUUCAAGAGAGCAUUUCGCUGGUGCCCUUUCAUCCAAGUCUCCACCUACGACGAGUUGGAGCUCAAGACCACCAGGUUUCAUCCCACGCGGCAGAGCAGCCUGUACACUGUGAGCAGGAUGGAGUCGGUGACCGUGCUGUUUGACCCCAAUGACGGGGACCCAGCCAAGUCCAGCCGGAAGAAAAGGGCGGUCCCCAAAGACCCAAGUGCCAAUGGCUGCUCCCGCAGAGAUUCCAAAUCUGCCUCCACUACGUCAAGCUUCAUAAGCUCACCCUAUACCUCUGUGGAUGAAUAUUCCUAA